UUCAGUGCUUUAAAUAUGCUACGAGUUGCUGCGCGUCCAAGUGCCAGUCAACUUUCGGCUCAUGCCGAAUGUCACACACAAAUCGAAACCCCCGAGGAGCAUGUGCGACGUAUCUGGCGAAACGCUGAUGCUGUCGCUUUCGACGUUGAUUCUACUGUUUGCCAGGACGAAGCUAUCGAUGAAUUCGCCAACUUCCUAGGAGUAGGUGAAGCAGUCGCAAAUGUCACCCGACAAGCCAUGAACGGCAAUGCUCGAUUCCGUGUUCGAAUGGUUUAUGGGCUACAACAACUCACUCCCGGUAUCCGAGAACUCGUUGCUGCGUUACACAAACGUGGCACAGAUGUGUUCCUUGUCUCCGGCGGUUUCCGACGACUCAUCCGACCGGUGGCUGAUAUACUUGGUAUUGAUAAGUCACGAAUCUAUGCCAAUGAGAUUCUGUUCGACAGGAAUAAGAACUAUGCUGGUUUCGACGAGACAGAACCGACAAGCGAUUCAGGAAGUAAAGACGUCGGUAAACCUGCUGUAAUGGGUCUGCUGAAGAAGCAGGGCUACAAACAAUUGGUAAUGGUUGGUGAUGGAGCCACUGACCUAGAAGCCGCUCCACCGGCAGACGCCUUUAUCGGCUUCGGUGGUAAUCAGGUGCGAGAAGCCGUACGAAGUCGAGCUGACUGGUAUGUGACCGAUUUCGACGUCCUACGUAAAGCCUUGGAAUGA